UUGUACACGUUCAUCCGCUCUCAUCUGGCUUAACAUUCUUAAUCCUCCGCCAUAAAAAAGUGUCAUAAUCCAACAAUAUUGUAUGUAAACAUUUAAUAAUACAUUAUCACAAUUUGACGGCAUGUCAAGAGCCAAUGCGGAUUCGUCCUCGGUCUUUAUAUAAACUGCCGACCGCGUCUAGUUCAAUUUUAACUUGUAGCACGUGUGGUGUGGACAGUUUUGAGUGCUUCGUGUGUGAACUUGUGAAUUUUUGUUAAAUUUAUUGUAAUAUGGAUCACAAUUCUAACGGAAAAACGGCGAACCUCACAGAAGGUCACAAGAGAAGAAGGCGACUGAGGGUUGGUGAUCCGGACUUUGAGCCACCGGAUGGAGGUUGGGGGUGGUUGGUUAUAUUCGCCUGUGGAUUAAGCAACUGUUGCCUUUUCCCGAUGUUCCAACAAUUCGGAUUGGUAUUCCGCAAUAAAUUCGAAGUUUUGGGAAUAUCAAACACUCAGACAACGACAAUCAUUAACCUAAAUUUGGCAUUUAACGCAUGUGUGGCCCUUCUUAAUGGACCGAUAUACAGAAAAUUCACCUACAGACAAGUUGCCAUGUUUGGCUCCAUUUUGGUGACGACCUCACUGUUGGCCACAAGAUAUUGUACAACAUUUUAUCAAUACGUUGUGUGCUACUCAAUGUGUUACGGUUCGGGCAUUGGCAUUACUCAAGCGGCAAAUUGUUUGGCACUUAACACGUAUUUCAAAAAGAAGAGACGCAUAGCAACUGGUUUGUCAUGGACCACGACAGGCUUGGGGCCCAUUUUCUGGCCCCACAUCAUAACGUACUUCAACUCCCUUUACGGUAUGGAAGGAACUCUAAUGAUAUUCGCUGGACUUGCGUUGCACGCCUUCGUGUGUGCUCUGCUUCUUCAUCCGGUGGAGUGGCACACCAAAUAUAGAGAGGAACCUGAGCCGGAAGCUGCUAAGCUGCUAGAACAAAGUAACAACCCUCCUAAACUAUUAAGGAGCGAAUCAAAGUCUCGAAGUGUAUUUUCUAGUCAGAUUUUAUAUGAAGAUCACGAUCCUGUGUAUCAAGGUUGUGACAUUAACGAUGUUGGAACACCUAACAUUCUCAAAGGCAACGAAUGGUACAAACAAACAAAAUCACAAGUUGGUUCUCGCGUUUCCUUGUCAUCCAACAAAAUACAAUCUAAAGUAUCAUCAGGCCAAAACUCCACCUUACCGUCCAAAAGACCUUCGUACAACAAUUUAUUCGACGCCAGGCCUAAGAAAAAUCCAUCUGCCAGCUUAGUUUCAGAGGGCAAACCGAAGAGAGAACGAAAACAUUCUUUCAACAAGGCAGCAAUUACGGAAGAAGUAGAAGACGUCCCAGAUAAGACUGUGAAAGAUAACAACCACUUACAAGUAUACCCCAACGAAAGAGACGUUCUCAAAACAGCAGCUAAAAAAUUGGAGGAGUAUCAACAAAAUGAGGACAAAAAAUUGACGGAAAAUAAAGAGGGUGAAGAUCAAAAAUUGACACACGAAGAACCUAAAAAAGAUGAACCAAAGAAGAAGCAAACGCUGUGGGAAAAGAUUGUAGACGUCUUCGAUUUUGCUUUGUUAAAAGACCCUAUAUUUUUAAAUUUAAUGUUGGGCAUUAUUAUUGCCAAUUUCGCAGAGUUGAACUUUUCGAUUCUUACGCCGAAUGUUCUGAGUGAGUUCCACUUUUUGCCUUAUCAAAUUGCUAUGUUUAUGUCUUUGCUGGGAGCCUUGGAUUUGCUUAUUAGGUUCUUUGCUCCCUUCGCAGCGGAAAAAUUGGAUUGGGACAACAAAGUUUUCUUCCUCAUAGGUGUGGCAGCAAUGGCACUUGGAAGAAUAAUUCUGGUUCAUACUCAGACAUAUUCUGUUGGUUUGUUUGUUGCUGGACUCAUUGGAGCCGGAAAAGGUUUACGAACAGUAUUCAUGGCAUUAAUUGUACCUCAGUACGUUCCAAUCCAGAGAUUGCCAGCUGCUACAGGUUUACAUUUAGCUACCAGUGGUCUGUUUUUCAUUUUUGUCGGCCCUGUUGUUGGGUGGGUGCAAGAUCAAGUGCGCGACUACGUAAUUACCCUUCACCUUUUGAACUUGUGUACUUAUGUGGUGGCUGUAAGCUGGAUGAUUGAAGCCAUAAUCACUAAACUUAGAGAGAAGAAAAAAUCAAUUACGGUUGAACCUUAGGUUUAUUGACCAUUUCCGUUUACUUGAGAUCUCAGAACACAUUUAGAGUGUGAUGUCUCAAUCUGUUUAUACUUUUUAUACGUUUACAAGCUGUACCACAUUUCUGUGAUGUAAAUUACUUUUCAAUAGGGAAGCUACUUAAAAAGGUAUUACAAGUAGUAGGUAGGAACAUUGUGCAUAGAAAGUCAACUGCCUUCUACAAGUUAAAUUAAUAUAUUAGAAACUUUAUGCUCAAUUUUAUUAGUUAAACAAAUGAAAACAUUUCAAAAAUUAAAGUGGGGAAUUAGAUUAUUUUUGUAUAUGUAUUUUAUACAGUUUUAUAUUAACUAGUGUAUGUCAGCAGUAUUUAAAAAAACAUGAAUUGUUUUUCAGUUAUAUUAAUAAAAUAUUAACAAUUAUUUUUUCUUAUCUUAGGAUCAAAGAAGAAAUUUCCCCUUUAAUUUUUGAGCAAUGUAUAAAUGUAACAUGUUAAUUAUAAGUAUUUGUACAUAAACUAAUAAAUUUAAGUGUA